AUGGUCGAGUUCGGCCUGGCGUUCCAGCGCUCGCGGCGCCCGGAGUGGGUGAGCUUCUACAUCGACUACGACGCGCUGAAGCGCCUCCUCGCGACGGCGCCCUGGGAGUUCCUCGCGAAGCUCGUCCAGGACAUCGAGACUUGCGCGCUGCACUCGCUGGAGGAGGCCGGGCGCAUCGCGGCGCUCCUCCGCGCGUCCCGGGCCGAGGCGGGCCUCGAGGCGCUGCUGCGCCUCGUGGCCUUCGUCGAGCUCAACCUCGUCGCCGUGCGCAAGAUCUUGAAGAAGCACGACAAGACCUUCGAGCCGUGCACGCGGGCCGUCGCGCGCACGGCGCACAUGCGGCUGCUCGAGUCCUUCGAGCGCCAGUGGCCCGCGCUCCUCCGCACGGGCCUGGUCCGCGGCGCGCCGCCGCGGCUCGCCGCGGAGUGCUCGCGCGCCGUCGAGCGCUGCAGCGCGGCGCGCGCGGGCCUGCGCGUGCGCUACGCGUCGCUGAACGUCGUCGACGCGGACCUCGCGUCGUCGGAGGCGGCGCUGGGCCACUCGCUGGGCCUCGCCGCGGAGAAUCCGGAGGUCUUCCCGAACGUGCAGUACGCGGGCGCGUUCCUCUUCGCGGCGUCGUGCUACGCGAUCACGCCGACGAUGCACGCCUACGCGACGUCCGUGGGCGCGCCCCGGGCGUUCGGGGGCCUCCUGCUCGGCGCGUCGACGGUCGCGGCGCUCGCGUCCACCACAGGCUGCGGCUGCGUCGGCCGGCGCUUCGGCUUCCGCGCGCCGUUGGUGGCCGGCGCGGCUUUGGGCGGCGCGGGCCAGCUCCUCUACGCGCUGGCGCCGAGCGUCGCGCGGUCGAGCGGGAGCGCGCGCGCGGCCCAGGGCUGCGCGCUCCUCGGCCGCCUGCUCCUCGGGCUGGGCUCGACGGAGCCCGUGAACCGGCGCUACAUCGGCGAGGCCGUGCCGCCGUCGAAGCGCAUCGCGGCGGCGGCCAAGUUCGUCGCCGCGGGCGCGACGGGCAUGGGCUGCGGCCCGCUCCUGAGCGGGCUCCUGAGCUUCCUGCUCUCGCGCGACGACGGCGCGCGGCCCCGCGACCACGUCUUCGAGUUGAAGGUCGACUCCACCGUCGCGCCCGCGCUCCUGCUCUCCGUCGCCUGGUGCCUCCUCGCCUUCUACGUCGCCUCGGCGUUCCGCGAGCCGCCCGCGCGCGCGAGCGGCGCCUACGGCGCCGUCGGCGCCGGAGCGCCCGCGCGGCGCGCGCGGUCGCCGAGCGAGCUGCUCACGGAAGGCGCCGAGGCGGCGCCGCUCCGCGCGGCGCUCUUCGGCGUCGUCGCCUUCGAGGCGGCCUGCGAGGUCUUUUUAGGAUCGACGUCGGCCGUGUCGUCGCUCGCGUUCGGAUGGAAGGCCCACGACAUCGGCGCGUUCCUCGGCGUCGUCUGUCUGCUGACGAUGCCGCUGAGCAAGAUGGUGGAGGCCGCGGCGGCGACCUUCGACGACCGGGAGAUCCUCUUCGCGGCGACGGCGGCGACGGCCUGCGGGGCUCUGGCGCUCGCGACGGCGACGGGGUUCGCCUACGUCUGGGCGGCCGCGGGCGGCGCGCUCUUCCUCGGCGCGUCGACGAUGGAGUCGGCGCUCAUGUCGCUCAUCGGCCAGUGGGCGAAGCGCGACGCGGGCGUGCUCGUGACGCUCUUCGGCGCCGGCGGGCGCCUCGUCGGCGACGGCGUCGUCUUCGCGGCGUUCGCCGCGGACCACCCGGGCGAGGGGCCCGCGCGCCUCGCGCUCUCGCUCUUCGGGCCCGUCUUCGGGCUGCUCGCCGCGACCGUCGCGCUCCUCGCGCUGUCCCUCGUGCAGCGGCGGCGGAACACGAAGCCCGUCGAGCCGUCGGACGACGCGCGGAGGCGCGAACCCGGCGAGGACCGGCGGCUAACGUACUAG